CGGGAACCGAGAGAGACGCAGAGAGACAGAGUCGGGGCCGCAGUCCCCACUGCCGACCCCAUCCCAUCCCCGUCACCGUCCCCAUCCCGUCCCCAUCCCGCGAUGGGAGACACGAACAACAACAACAGCAGCAGCAGCGACUGCUCCCGCGCGAUGGACGGGCAGAGCCUGAGCGGGACACACUCGGAUGACUUGAAAAAAAGCCACUAUCUGAAGAAGGGUGCUGUGCUGGUGGAUGGUGUGGUUCUGAAUGGACCUCUUCUAGAUGCAAAAACAGGAGAGAAGUUUGUUGAAGAUGCGUUCCCUAUCAUCAUGGAAGAGGCCAUAAAGAAAGCUACUGACAUCAAUGAAAAGGUCUGCGAGUGGCAGCCUCCCGAAGAGUUGAAAAAACGGCUUGAUCUGGAGUUGAGAGACACCGGAGAACCCCAUGCCCACCUGUUACAACGCUGUCGAGAUGUUAUAAAAUACAGUGUGAAAACAAGCCAUCCAAGAUUCUUUAACCAGCUAUAUGCAGGGAUGGACCAUUAUUCCCUUGUUGCCCGCUUUGUAACUGAAGCUCUCAAUCCCAGUGUCUACACAUAUGAAGUGUCACCUGUGUUCGUACUAAUGGAAGAUGCCGUUUUGAAGAAAAUGAGGGAGUUCAUAGGCUGGGCAGAAGGAGAUGGUAUCUUCAGUCCAGGAGGCUCUGUGUCCAAUAUGUACGCUGUUAAUUUGGCUCGUUACAAGUUUUGCCCAGAUUUUAAGGAGAAUGGACUUUCCGGUGUACCCCCUUUGGCGAUGUUCACAUCUGAGGAGUGCCACUACUCUGUGAAGAAAGCCGCUGCCUUCCUAGGAAUUGGGACCCGCAAUGUCUAUGUUGUCACUGCAGAUGAGAGAGGUAAAAUGAUACCACAGGAGCUGGAGAAGGAAAUCCAAAAAGCCAAGGCAGAGGGAUCUUUGCCUUUCUUAGUUAUUGCCACUGCUGGAACCACGGUCCUCGGAGCAUUUGACCCAUUGAAUGAGAUUGCAAACAUCUGCGAGGCACAUGGACUCUGGUUUCAUGUUGAUGCAUCAUGGGGAGGUAGUGCACUGAUGUCAAAGAAACAUCGCUUUCUUCUGAAUGGUAUCCACAGGGCUGACUCUGUUGCUUGGAAUCCACACAAGAUGCUGAUGGCUGGGAUCCAAUGCUGUGCUUUUCUCCUGAAGGACAGCACUGGUCUGAUCAGUAGAUGUCACUCUGCGCAGGCCAUGUACCUUUUCCAGAAGGAUAAGUUCUAUGAUGUUGAAUAUGACAAAGGAGACAAGUCCAUCCAGUGCAGCCGGAGGGCGGAUUCUUUUAAAUUCUGGCUGACAUGGAAAGCUGUUGGGACCAAUGGCUUGGAGGAAAGAGUGAACAGGGCCUUUGCAUCUGCCAGGUAUUUAACUGAUGAGAUUAAGAAGAGGAAGGAGUUCAAACUGAUUUUGGAGCCGGAGUAUACAAAUGUCUGCUUUUGGUACAUCCCUCCCAGUCUCCGGAAUUCACCCGAGGAUGAGGAAUUCUGGCAGAAGCUUCAUAAUGUGGCACCAGUAAUAAAGGAGAGGAUGAUGAAGAAGGGCAGUAUGAUGGUGGGUUAUCAGCCUCACCGAGACAAGGUCAACUUCUUCCGACAAAUCAUCAUCAGUCCUCUGGUCAGGCGUGAAGAUAUGGACUUCGUCCUCAAUGAAAUUGAUGCUCUGGGGAAGGACUUGUAAUUAGGGUUAAGACAAAGCUCAUGUUCUGUUUACAGUGGCAGUAUGUUUACUAGAAAGAGCUUGAGAAUGUUCAGGGUUCAGCACUAACUUGUACUGUAUACUCAUUUUAGCAUGAACAAAAUUAACACUGAUGAAGCAGACUUCACUUUUCAGAACACAUAUACUUGUUUAUUUUACAGAACAACUGAUGAGGCGUGUGGAUUCUUGAUGAAAUAUUGAUUAGCUAUAUUUUUAUGUCGUUCCUGUUAAUAUAUAUAAAACUCUCUCUCUAUAUAUAUAUAUGUAGUAUAUAUAUAUAACCAUAUAUACCUAUCUGUAAAAUAGUGGCAUUCAGUUUUGAUAUCAUACGCGUAAGUUUAAAUAAAGAGAAACUUUAGGCCAUGUUCCUUCAUUUACAUAUUACCCCACUCUCUGGCUGUAUGGCUCCAGUCUCAAAAUAUCCCUUUAACAGAGAGUUGCAAGAGUCACUGUAGCACCAGUUAGAGUUGAUUCCACCAUUGAUCAUGGAUCUUGAUUCCAUGGUUCGAUAUCAAGAGCAAAAUAAUUAAAUAUCUUUUUAAAUCCGAGUUGUGCACCAUACAGUGGCUAAACUCCCAAUUUUAAACAAUGGGUAACUUUCAUUUGGUGUUUAUACUGAAUCAGGGAGUCAAUGAUUUGUCUAAAUCCCAUGACCCAAUGAAGGAUAAAUGUAUUGCGAGACAAUACAUCCCACUGAAGGAAUUUUUAAGCUGGCAGAUGCUAGAGAGAGGGGUUGACAGGCAGUUCACAUGACCUACAAUGGGAGAUUUGAACUACCUUUGUGUUUAUAACUGUCAUUAUUAUAGUGUUGCAUAUCAGAAAAUUGCAAAUAAAUUGUUUAAAAUAAAAUGUGCACUGAUAAUGAAGAGAAUAGGCAGUGGAGAACUUUGGGAUGUAUAACUUAUUUCCCUCUAGAGUAAGUUCCUAGAGUUAAGUUCAAAGUUUCUAGUUGAGAAUCUACUAUUUACUUAGGAUUUAUUUUUUAAAGCUUUGUUUUCUACAGUUAUUGAAGUCGUGAUACGAUAAUUCAAGGGAGAUGUGUUCUACUGCUUAGAUCUAAAUGUGAAAAAAAGAUGUCUGGUGUCACUUGGUCGUUCUCUUGUUCUUUUUUGUGUGCUUUUAAACUAGUGGUUAUUAGCAGCUGGAGAACAAAUAUUUUGUAAAGCGCUCCCCAUUCACUGAUGUCAUGGGCUUCCACUGGGGAGGGUCGUUGUUGAAAUAAUUAUGUUCCCAGGCUGCUUCUAAUGAGAUUAUGCCUGUUUGAGUGCCAGUAGGUAUAGUCUGUCUCUGUGGGCAUAUUUUCAGCUCUCACACUGACAGUAAAAGCAAAUAAUAAAUCUUCAAAAACAUAAGGAACAGCUUUGAUACUGCAUUAUCGUAUUAUUAAUCCUAUCCACUAAAAAUAAUCUAAAGUAACAUUUUAAACUAUCCUCACAGUUAUCCCCUGUUUGUUACAUUUUCUCUUUUCGCUUUAUUGUACGUAAUUUUUAUUGGCUCAAAACUGGCCAAUUUCUAGCCACGUAGCUUUAGAUUGCCUGCAAAACUGGUCAAUUUUUCCUCUCUUAGAGAUAGUUUCAUUAAUCUUUAUCCAGGGGCAAAUGUCAGCCUGCAGAUAAAAAUACAUGUUAAUGAUGCUUCAAGAAAACAACAGGAAACUUGACUGCAUCAAUAAGUGUAUAGUUGCUGCAUAUAUAACAUUUAAUGUUAUGUGAGUAUAUAAUAGAACAAAUUUAAUGAUAUAAAAUAAUACUCCAGUGAUACUGAAGUAAACUUCCGUAAAAGCAAUCACAAACCAUUAUUAUCAAUAUCGCUGCACAAGAACUGCUUAAAAAAAACUAGCAGUCACACCCUGAUGUGGCUGGAAAAUCAGCUUGACUUAUAUUGAUACUGAGCAUUUCAGUAAAGUAGAUUAUUAUUACUUGCUUGCCGUCAAGAACAAUUAUAACCUUGUCAACUGCUUUUUUAAAUAUGUUCCUUGUGUGAAGGACUCAGCGGGUUAACUAGUUUCAGAACUGUGCAACACUAUCUGUACCUAGGGUUUUAAUAUAGUAGUUUAUGUGAUGUACAUAAUAAUUGCUGCAGCAUUUGUAGAGACAGGGAGGUAUUUGUUACUUAACCACCCAAAAACUAGUGCAGUUUAGCUUUAGCUAAUUCUUGUAGCUAUUCCUUUGGUUUGCUGGAUAUUUUACUGAAGAACUUAGUUUCUGCAUUCACAGUUGAGGAAGUGUUACGAAAUCUCUCUUAAAGAGGCACUGUUGCCAAUAAUUUUCACCUUGCUUGUCUGCGAUCUGUUUGUGAAAAAAAAACUAAUUCAACAUUAACACAUUUGUUACAGAAUCUCAUGCUGUCCUCGAUUCCAAAUAAUGGAAUAUUCUGAAAGGUUUAAAAAAGCAACAUUUUCACCCAGAUUUUUUUUCAAAAGAAGCAUUUUUGCAUAAUUUGCUGCAACAUAAUCUUUCAGAUAACUCUGCUUGUUGUUAGUAAAUGUUGUUGUCCGUUCUAAGGUGCCAUUGUCAUUUGACUCCUUUCCUACCAAAUUGACAGUGCCCCCUAAAAAAUGGCUGGAACAUAGGUUUUACCAGUGUUCAAUAGCGUGUUUUAGAUCAGUUUAGUGCUAGGCUACUGACAUGACAUACUUUUUUUUUAAAAAGUACUAUUUGAAUUUAUAAAACCUUUUCAGAGGUGUGCGUUGUAAACGAUCCUGUGGAUUGAAGUCAGGAAAUUCAUGGGUCAGGAGAGCAAAGAGCAAAUGUUCCUAAAGCCAGAAAAGAUUUCUAGAAGAAGGUUUUGUGCAUUCUCAAUGAUAGUAAACCUGACCUAGAAAAGCCAAACCUCCCAUGGAUAAAUUGUCUGAAUUUUGAGAGUUCACAAUUUGAAUUAUUUUUUGAAGAUACUCUACAUAAAACAGCACUUUUUAUAAGUUGUCUCAACUGUUACAAUAUUCUGCAAGGAUGUUUUUUUUAUAUAUAUGAAAGGUUUCUACUCAGGCCUUCUAUAUUAUUCAGUGACUGACAAUGUUCCAGUCAGGCCUGAAUGUAUAUGUUUUGAGGAAAAUUAAGGAGUAGAGAGGAAAGAAGAGGUAAAAAUGUUAAUUGGCAGAAAGGGAUCUUUUUAAAAAACAGUUUAGAAUCUAAAGCUUUCAGUAAUGUUUUUAUUAGCAAUGUGAUAAUUCAAGCAGCACAUUUCAUGUGCACAUACACUUUGUAAUGCCAUCAGCAAUAAUACUAACUCUGUUGGUAGGCUGAUGAAUGUCAGCCUCACUAACGGUGAAUUCUGUGCAUUGUUAUGAGCUUGCUUGCAGUGUACACGUGUUUGCAAAGCAUAUCAAAUUGUCCCUCUUCCCAAUCCUCUCCCACCCAACACACAAAAAACAAAACAAAAUCCCAUUGCCGCAUUGAAAGAGAGUUGUUUCUUUUUGUGUGAAAUCUUUAUGGGGCCUUUAGUGAGUUGUCAGCACAAAUGCUCUAAUGUUUACAAGUGAAUCCUUGUACAUUGCACAUUUGGUUAAUUGUGACUGAUCUGUUACAACCAUCUUUGGUUCUAUUUACAUCAAGUUGUGUUUUGACAGAUCAUUUCUUAUUGACAGCAAUAUUGAGUUUUUAGUGUGCGAUUUUGUUAUACCUGAAAUUUCCAAGGCAGUGGUGCAAUAUGAUUUAAUCGGAAAACUAUUGAAACAUAUUAAGUAUUCUCUUGGAAUAUAUUGAUAGUAAAACAUGUGCCUGAAAAAACAUUCCUGGAUGGAAUUUUUUGAUGUUAUUUAUUUUUAACAUUUCUGUUAGUAUUUAUCAGUAAACUAAUAGAUUUGUGUUUGUAGAAAUCUUUGUGAUUCUAGAAGACUAGAGACAUGCACACAAUGGUCGAACAAAGUUGGUAGAUAUUAGAAAAAUCUCGAUUUAGUGGCAAAUGUCAGAAUUUAUCAGUGGCUUUAAGUGGGAAACAGUUUUACUGAUAAAUGUUAGUUUGUGUGAAGCACUGAAAAUUGAGAAGUCUGAAAGAAUGCUCAAGUCAAAAUAUUUUUGGAGAUCAGGUAACUGACUAGGAGGAAAAUGAGUCACAAGUGCUCCAGGCAAUUGGUAAAGAAUUGAUAAUUGGUAACACAUUUACUGACCUUCAGUUUAGAAACAUAUAAAUAUGUUAAUGAACAAUCUGCGAGUCUUUGAAUUUUACAAACAAAACAUGGAGCAUUUAAAUUAUUUUCUUUUAAACAUUUAAAAAAUGUGCUAUGUCAUGUUGUUUUUACACUUAAUAUUGUGUACUAAAAGUAUUUAUGUUUGCUGGUAAAGCUGCUUAUGAGGUGAUCACUAUCUUUGUUUAGUGUCGCUAUUUCUCUCUCAGGCACACUGUCCAUCAUGAAAUGCUGGACUUGUGACAUGGCAAGAGUGAGGCCUUACAAUAACCUUCCUUUAUGUAAUGACAGAAGUGGAGUUUUCCCACAUUAUCUUACACAGUGCAGUGAUGUGAAUGUUUUGGACCAUUUAAUCUGAAGUAGAAUUAAGAAUUUUUAAAAAACUACACUUAGUUGCUAUUAACUUACUUGAGUUAGACUUGGAUGUGAUGACUGCUAUCUUUUGGUGUUGAAAUAAGAUGUUAUUAAUGCUGUUAAAUAAAAUAUAAUAAACUA